UUAUAAUUGACAUUUUGCUGCUGAGUGUUAAUGUUAAAAAUAUAGUCUGCGUUUGAACUGAGUCGGUACACGUAUUCACAUACUUGUGGGUGCAGAAUAAAUGGAUUAGUGAAUUUGAAAGGCAGUAAGGAUUUGUAAGAGUCGAAACACAAAUGAUUAUCAGGCACUAAAAAUAAAUCAGUCAUAGAAAGUUAUAAGUGUUUUAAUAUGUAAAUAGACCAUGUUAAUGUUGCUAUAAGUGUGUAAUAAAAGCGUUUGGUAAAUGAUUUUUAUAUGAACUUUUAGUUUCAGUUGAAAUGUUUUACAAAAACAUUGUACAUUCUUAUUUGUAAGUUAUUAAGUAAUUGUAAUUUUUAGUCUGGACAAUUUGAAAAUAAAAUGAGGGUUAUGCAAAUCAAAAGAUAUAGGUUGCUCAAAUUAAUAGCGGUUGUAUGCACGAUAUUACCUUUAUUGUAUCUUAUAAUUAGCAGUUAUCUCAAGUCAACAGAUUAUAAAUAUGAUAACUUCAUGAGAAGAAGAUCGGAAAGAAGAGUUGGCCAGUCACCUGUAUUCAAACAAGAUGGCCAAGGUAAUUUUGAACCAAAAUCAGAGGAAGGCCGGACAGGACCUGGAGAAGGAGGAAAGCGCCAUGAACUGCGACCUGAUCAAGAGAAUGAGGCAUCGCAAGCCCUCAGCGAGUAUGGCAUGAACAUGGCUUGUUCGGAUGAAAUCAGUCUGGAUAGAUCGAUUCCUGAUCUGCGACUGUCCGAAUGUCACCACUGGGACUAUCCCACUGACUUGCCCAAGACUAGUGUGAUCAUAGUGUUCCACAACGAGGGCUGGAGCACUCUGCUGCGCACUGUCCACUCUGUCAUUAACCGGACUCCACCUCAGUUUCUAGAGGAAGUAUUGCUUGUUGACGACUUCAGCAGUAAAUCACAUCUCAAGGACAAGCUGCAGGACUAUAUUGAGAGGUUUGAGGGGAAAGUGCGCUUGAUAAGGAACAAGGAACGUGAGGGCUUGAUAAGGACGAGGUCCCGUGGAGCCAAGGAGGCCAGAGGAGAGGUGAUACUGUUCUUAGACGCUCACUGUGAGGUGGGCUACAACUGGUUGCCUCCAUUAGUUGCUCCCAUAUACAAGGAUAGAACGGUGAUGACCGUGCCUGUAAUUGAUGGGAUCGACCACCAAACAUUCGAGUACCACGCGGUGUACCAGGAGGGCCACCACUUCCGCGGAAUAUUUGAGUGGGGAAUGUUGUACAAGGAGAAUGAGUUACCACAGAAAGAAGCUGAUACAAGGGAACACAACAGUGAACCAUACAAGUCUCCAACACAUGCAGGUGGGCUCUUUGCCAUUGAUAGAUCUUACUUUUUGGAAAUCGGAGCUUACGAUCCUGGUUUGCUGGUAUGGGGUGGAGAAAACUUUGAAUUGUCAUUCAAGAUCUGGCAGUGUGGUGGCAGUAUUCUAUGGGUGCCAUGUUCAAGAGUUGGUCAUGUCUACCGUAGCUUUAUGCCGUAUAAUUUUGGCAAUCUUGCCAAAAAGAAGAAAGGUCCACUGAUUACAAUUAACUACAAGCGAGUCAUUGAGACAUGGUUUGAUGACAAACACAAGGAGUAUUUCUACACACGUGAGCCAUUGGCACAGUUCUUGGACAUGGGAGACAUCUCGGAACAAGUAGCUCUUAAGGAGCGGCUACAGUGCAAGGACUUCCAAUGGUUCAUGGAUAAUGUAGCAUAUGAUGUCUAUGACAAGUUCCCUGAACUACCACCCAACCUCCACUGGGGCGAGUUGCGCAAUGUUGCCAGCCAGUCCUGUAUGGAUACCAUGGGUCACGGUCCACCCACACUGAUGGGGAUGUCCCACUGUCAUGGCUUUGGCAACAAUCAGCUGGUGAGGCUUAACGCCAAGGGACAACUUGCUAUCGGAGAAAGGUGUAUUGAUGCAGACUCACAAGGCAUCAAACUGGUCUUCUGCAAGUUGGGCACUGUCAACGGACCUUGGGAAUAUGAUGAGGAGUCACACACUCUACUUCACCACAUACACAAGAAGUGUGCUGGCCUGCAUCCUCAGACACAUCACCUAUCCCUUAUGCCCUGUGAUCCCAUCAACACUUACCAGCAGUGGACCUUCAGUGAGAUACACCCUAACUGGUCAUGACGAUCUCGUCAGCCUAAACACUUCGUUGUGUAUAAAUGACAUGAUGAUGCAACAUGGUUGUUUUAGUUACAAUCUGAUGGACACAUUUUAUAAGGUUUUGUUAUUGUUUCAUAGAUCUAGAAUCAAAUUUUAUAGUGAAGUUUAUAAAAAAAGAUCAAUUUAAGUAUUGUUAAACUUUUAUUAAAAAUUUACUUAUUUUACUUAAUUUUUAAAUAUCAAUAAACUAUUGAUUAGUAAGUAACAACCAUGCUCAAAUAUUGUAGUUUUAUAAAUGUUUAUCAAUUUUAUUUUUUUAAUAGAUUUCGCUCAAACAAAUUAUUACGUGCACAUUUAGUAAAAAUUAGUUUUAAGUAUUUUUAGAGCAUAAUUCACUAUUUAAUAAAUAAAUUUGAAUAUACCUAGUUUUCUUGCCAAUAUUUGAAGAUACUGUAAGUUUCUUUAUAUAACAUCAAUUACAUGAUAAGCUUUGAUAUGAGAUUAUGUUUUUUUCCACUUUGUAAACACGAUACUGUUCUACUAUUGAACAUACACUGGUGAUGGAUUUGUAGGUUCUAGUUUAAUUUCUCUACUUCUGGUUAAAGUUUUAGACCAAUACGAAUUUUCAGUGCUUGUUACACAUACAGAAUAUUUGUAAUGUGUAAACUAACAGAAUGAAGAUUGAAAAGAAGUAUUUUAAUCCGUCCAGUUUUCAACACUUGGUUGCACUGAAUAUUAUCAAGAUAAUUUAACAACCAUUAUAAGUUCUUAUUAAAUAGUGAUUAUUUCAACUUAUAGAUACAAAUUAUUCCAUUAAAUUUAUUACUAUUUAUCUUUUGCUUGAAAUAAUAAAAAUUUAAUGACUAUAAUUCUUAGAUCAGUUUUUUAAUUUAUUGCUAUUAAUGUUCUAAGUUAAUCCCUUUAUUUUAAUAGGAAUUGAUUUUAAAAUUGUUCUUUAUUACCAUUAAAAUCGUUUUAAUAUUUAUUUUUAGAUACAAACUUAAUUUUUUAAUUUACGAGGCGUGUUUUUAAAGUAUGCACUGUUUUGAAAUUCCGCCGCUGCAACAUUGCAGCCAGGAUCCAAAGCUUGCGCACUAUCUAUCUUUAACAGUUAGUAACCCACAGACGUAAUUACGGGAAAAAUCUAUUGUUUUUUAAAUUUGUUAAUGUACGUUUUAAAUGACCUUGUCAGUUGAGAAUCCUGUCGACUGUAAAGUACGUGCUAAAGGCAUUAAAGCAGCUGAAAUUCACUGUCAGAGUUGGUGAAGUGUAUGAACAAAAAAUUAUGAGUGAUGAAAUUACAUUCAAAUGAGUAAGAGCUUUAAAAUUAGCUGAAUGAAUGUUCAUGAUGAGAAGCCAAGUGGGUGACUUUCAAUGAUCACUAACGAACGAUUUGGUGGAGAAUGGGAACAUGAAGUGAAAAUAAAGAAACAUUUCACAAUUUCUUCGUUAUCAUUUUAGUUUCCUCCAGAGGUAUUCUUUAUGAAAUUUUUAAUGAAUGUUUAAACUAUCGAGAAACAUCUUUUGCUGUACAAUGUCCGGCCACAUGCGGUAAAACAAACUUAAGAUCUCAUCACAGCAUUUUGCUUGGACCAAUUUGAUAACCCCUCAAACAGCCCUAAUUCAGUACCCAUUGACUAGAAUUUGUUUUUUAAGUUAGAAGAAAUAUCUUGAAUAAAUAAUAAUAAGAUUAAUAGAGUAAAUAAUCGUGUUGCAGUCCUUAUUAAAUCAGGCAGCAAUCUUCUAUGACAGUUUACAGUAGGUUGUUUUUUUAGAUAUGAUAAUUUCCUUAAUAUGGAUUGCAACUAUGUAAAAAAGUAGAUAAAAGUGUGGACUUUCGUAUUAAAAUAAAAUUGCCACAAAAGUUUACUUGUUCUUUUUAAAUAUCAAAAUGGUACUUACUUUAAAAAACAGGCCUUGUAUUAACAUCAGUAAAUGCAUUUUUAUUUUAGAGUUUGUAUUUUAGUGCAUGGAGAAAAGUGUUGUGUGCAUUUAUUUUGUUUAUUAAUUAUGUAAUUUCUAUCUGUUAUCAAAGCAGUGUUUUUAGAAAAUGAUGUUUCAUAAUCUCUAAAAUUAAUUAAGAUAUAUUACAUGUUUAUUUAUUCAAAUGGUUUGCUGGGGUUUUUUUUUAGGGUUUAAACUAGUUUUAUAUAAAAAAAAGACAAUAAAAACCUGUAAAUAAAGAAACAAAAUAAUAAUAUAAAUCAAAUACAAAUCAAAUGUUUUCAGAUAUAAAUACACACAAGAAAAAAUAAAAUUGACAUGGAACACUAAUCCUGCACUGGUUUGUUUUUGUUACAAAAUAAAAUUGCAUGGAGUGAAGUUUAGUACAAUAUACAAUGCAUGCAUUUUUUCUUGCAAUUAUAUUUCCUUUUCGAGUGUAUAGAACGUACCAUUGAUAUAAAACAAUAUGUAGAUGUUUCAUUUGACAUGUUGACAUUAGCCUUACGAAUGCAAAAAUGGACCUGAAACAUAGCAGUAAAAACCAAUUGAAUGAUUGUCAAUGUCAAGGUUCGUUACUAGAUAAUGUAUGGAGGCUAAAAGUAGAUAUGCCCUUUUUUGUUCUCUUAAGUGCUGAGAAAUUGCACUUAGUCCUAAAGUCACUGCGCUGCUUCCAGAGUGAGGGAUAAUCUGGAUGGGUAACGUUGGGGGCAGGGGCCGCCUCCUGUCAAGAUCCUUGAGGAAGGAUUUUGGACAUUAAUCUCAUUCGAAGAUGGGAAAGCCAGCUCUGUAUCAGCCUCUCCAGUCAAAGUAGGCAGGGGGUGGCACACCUUUGUCUAGGCUAGCAACAGCUUUUAACAGUCAUGUCCGCAGUGGCCUAGAACUAUCAAUCUAACUUUGCCCUAAUAUCUCAACAUUUGUGGUCAAUGAUGUGCCUGGAAAUCCAUAGAGUUACCCAGAUUUAAGUGACACAUUGGUUUUUGCUGUACCCAUUGUAGGUUCAACUGGAAGGUAUAAACCAGUCAGAAGUGAACUAAAUAGGGGAGUUAGAGAUGCCCUUACUUGAGCAGGAGAAAGAUUAAAUUAUGCGGCAUAUAUUAUAUUAAAUUCUAGCAUGGAACUCCAAUUAAAUUAGCAGUUUGCUUUACCUUCUCUGUUGAUUUUAAUAAACUCCUAACAAAUACAUAAAGGUUAUAUUUUUCUGUUGUAACAGUUUUUAAGUACUGAAACUAUUCUUUUAAUUAAAACAUAAUUUAAAUCAAAAAGAUGGUUGAAUUUAAGUUUCAAAUUGAUUAAAAAAUCAGUAAAUCCCCAAAUCAAUAACUUAUUCAUAUUAUUGGGCUACAUUUUCUUGACUGAUUUGCUUUACUGGGUACGUAGGUUUAAUUUAUGGUGCAUACUUGUUAAUCAAUAAGUGGCUUCUUUGUUACAUACAGCUUUCUGUAUUAAUUAAGAACUGUGAUCAAAUUUGUAUUUAUACUAGCAUACUCUGUAAAUAAUCUAGCAAAUACAUUUUUUUUGUAAAUG